AUGCAAACUCUAUUUGGAUUUCAUCUCAUGAAGGGUUAUGGUGAAACCAUAACUGAUAAGAUGAUAGUUGAGAAGUGGGGUCAUUUGGCCAAGCAUCGUUGGUACAGGAAAGACAAAGGGUUGACAAAAGGCAAGGAUAAAGGAGCGAACUUUGCACGUCAAGAUUCAGAUGAUUAUGAUGAUAUGGUGGUUAUGGCUGCAGUUGCAGAUGAACAUGUCGAGUCCAAGAUCUGGUUCCUCGGCUCAUGCUACUCGAAUCACAUGAUUGGUAAAAAAGUAUGGUUAGUAGAUUUCUACGAAUCGAAGAAGAGCAGGGUCAAACUUGCUGAAAAUAGCUCGUUGAAAGCUGAAGGUACUGGAAACAUAGUUAUUCAAGGGAGUAAUGGAGCAAAAGCCUUGAUAAAAGAUAUACUCGAUGUCCCUAGAAUGAAAUGCAAUUUGCUAAGUUGUUGGGUAAUUGGUCGAAAAGGGGUUCUCGGUGGUUAUGAAAUAUGGCGCCUUAGAAAUUUUCGACAUCCAGAAUAA